GGUGGAGAAAUUCUAAAGUGAAGUUCCUGUCUGAAAUAAUAUAUUCUAUGCCAGAAUUUUUUGUCACAGUUGGUUAACGACAGCGAAAUAUCAUGACGGAUAGUGAUAAGAAACCUAUGUCACGUUUAUUGAAACUUGCUAACAAAUUUAAUUGCUUCUACCUGUCAGGUUUUCAUGCAGGGGAAUGCAGAGCAUUUGUUGUUGAUGGUCAACAAGUUGGCCUUGUACGUCCAGAUGUAAUGAAAGAAUUAUUAAAUUAUCCACAGGUAUUUCAAGUACAUCCUGAAUAUGUACAACUAAAUCCAGCAUUCAGAGACUAUGCAGAAAGAAGUGCUCGAGUUGAAGAAGUUUUAAAAGAAUGGCGUGCAGGUGGAAAAUUCAUAACAUUAAGAGGAUGGAGAGAAGAAUGUUAUGAAGUACGGGCAGAAUUCAAUACUCCACCAUUAUUUAAAAUGGAUCGAUCUGCUACAUGCUUAUUUGGGAUUCGUAAAUAUGGAGUAGAUAUUAAUGGAUAUGUUAUGGAUCCUGUAAAAGGUUUAUCAAUAUGGUUACAAAAACGUAGCCCAAAUAAGCAAACUUGGCCUGGAUAUUGGGAUAAUAUGGUGAGCGGUGGAUUGAGUGUGGGAUUUGGUAUUAAUGAAACUGCUAUAAAAGAAGCUGGAGAAGAAGCCAGUAUUCCCAAUAAUCUUAUUGCAAAAUUAAAAAGUGUUGGUUGUGUAUCUCUGUUUUUUGAAAGUGAAAGGGGUCUAUUUCCCAAUACAGAAUUUGUAUACGAUCUUGAACUGCCACCAGAUUUUGUACCAAGUAACAAUGAUGGAGAGGUUGAAAAUUUUGAAUUGCUUCCAGUUAAUGAAUGUAUAGAGAGGAUACUGUCUUCACAUUUUAAAACAACAUCAGUUCCAGUUGCUCUUGACUUUUUAAUUAGACACGGAUAUAUCACAGCAGAAAAUGAGCCUAAUUUUAUUGAAAUCGUGGAAUUGCUUCAUAUACCUCUGCAGACCAUUUACAAUCAUCCACAAAAAAAAUGUAAAUUAGCUGCAAAUGGUGAGGCAAUCGAUUCUUUAAACAGAAUUUAAGUUUAACUAGUCUUUAAUUUAAAUUGCGUUAAAAAAUUAAUUGAAUGAAAUGAAAAGUUAGCUUUCUUUUGUGAUUUUCUUGUAUUUGAUCAAUUCUUCGCAGAUUUUAUAGUAAGGAAAAAGAGAAAAAAUGAUGCAAUUUUAUAUACAUAAGGCUUGCAAAAUAUUUAUAAAUCACUAAAUAAUAGUUCAAAUAUUCCAAAAAUCGAUUUACAAGAUUUUUAUGACAUUUAAAUUAAUUCUUAUUUCCAUGCAUAUUAGAAAAGAAAAAAGAAAAAAAAGAAAAAAAUAUGUAAUUUCAAUAGCUAUAUAUACUGAUUAUAAUAUUUUUACUCAUAGAUAUAAUUCUUUUUGUUAUGAUUCUAGUAGUUUUUAUAUAAUAAUGAUGAAAGUAUUGGUAAAUACGAUUUUUUGAUGAUUCUUAUAGGAAGAAUAUUUCGGAAAGUAAACAUAGAUAUUAUUAACUUAGCAAGAAUUUAAUAGGAAAGAUAUAUUUUAAUUUGUUGACUGCGAAUUUAUUGACGUUUAAUAACUUUGUAAAAUUGGCACAAUAUAUAGAUAUAAUUUAAGAACUAAUUUUUAACAUCGUUAUAUAAAAAAAAAUCACGUUACAUCUUCCUCUAAUUUUUACCAAUCAUCGAACUGAAUUUUUGCACAAUAAUGAAAAGAGAAGUUUUUGCCCAUUGUAUGAUAUCUAAACUUGUGACGAUUUUUGAUAUACAUCGAUGUCAAAUUAGAAGUAUUAUUCAUACAGCAUUCCAGAGCAUAGAUUAAGACUUCAGUUUCUAAGCGACAUGGAUAAAAAAACGAAAGAAUAACAAUAGUUUUUUCUAACGUUUGUAAUCGAACUUUUGUACUGAACUUGUACACCUAACAACAACAACAAAAGUGCAUAUGAAUGCCAAUGCAGUAAUAUCGUAAUAUUCUGCGUAGAAUUAAGACAGAAUUCAUUCACAGUAUUAUGGACGUGAAUGCACAGUAUACUGUUUGAUAUGUUUAAAGUAAGGAACAAAUGAAAAAAAAAAAAAAAAAAACAAACAAA